AUGAAGAAAACUUCGGAUGACUACAAGCCUUCCUUCCAUUACGAUUCUCAAGUGUUGGAAGCAUUGAUCCAUUACUUGGAAACAAAGAAUCAAACUGGUCUUGCUUUAAUUGCUCGUCAAAAGGGUAUACCUCCAUUCCUCCGAUUCCAAGUAUGGCCUACGUUGUUGAAAUAUCAUCCAUUUGUCAGAGCCCCAUUUAUUACUCCAAAUAGGAAUAAACCGAAAUCAACAAAGAAAAAUAGCCAAGAUGACUCUUCAGGUAAUGAAGAGUCUUUGAAGUCUCCUAAAUCCGGUGGUUCAAGUCUGAAUAAUUCCGAUAAUGAUGAUAUGGAUGAUUAUCUCAAACUGAAGAUUAUGAAAGAUUUGGCUCGUUACUCUCAUAAAUAUUACCAUUACAGGCCUUCAAACAAUGCUGCAGUUCCUCAAAAUCAAUAUACUAUUACUACGGCUUCACCUACCACCAAUGGAAGUACUACUGCCGCAACGUCUACAUCUCCAUCAGAAACUUCAUCUCCGAAGUUAGUUCUGAAAUCGGAGUUUGCAGAUGAUCCACCACCAAUCACUUCAAAUGCUCCCAACUUUGAAGAAAUUGAAUUGCAAAUCUUCACCAUAUUACAGAAUAGUAUUCAUAAAUUCAUCAGCAAGUGGGGUAAGAUUAUCAGUUAUGAUAGUUCUCUCACUUGGAUGGCCUUGAAUUUGGCAGAAUGGUUUCCACCGAUUGCUAACACUAGCUGGGUUUUAAUAGGAAGAGAUGCUAAAACAGGUAGUGGUGGUCAACAUGUACACUCUCAUGUUUCAGAGGACAAUGAUCAUCAUGGAAAUUCCAGAAGAGGUAAAAAUGUCAUGGAUUUACUUGAUGAUUAUUCCAAUUACAUCAACAAUGUUCCUGAUUUACAGCAACGAAUGCAAGAACUUGUUGCACAGGGAUCUCUGCUCACGUUUUACGAAGUUUAUGAGCGCCUUUCAUUGGUGCUUUUACAUCUGCCAGAAACAAGGCACGAUAGUAGUAAUAAUAAUCUGGGUGAAUUUAAAGUUCCUAAAAAGGUUAAUAAAACAAGCUUACCCGUUACUGGGGGUACUAUUGAAGAAAGAGUUCUGUUCUUUGUGUAUUGUUUGAGGAAUUUACUUCCAGAGCUUUCGCAAUUCUUUCAAGAAGAGCAAAUCUUAAAGAAGUUUGGUCCUGGUGAAGAUGAAUGGUUAUUAUGGUGGUUAAAAUAUACAACUACUAAAUGCUGGUCUAAAUAUGAUCGUGGUAGGAUAUGGGAUCUUAUGUUUGGUUGGAGAGCCAAGAAUCCUAAGAAAUCCAAUUCCUAUUAUCUAGAAAAGUUGGCUGGUCCUUCACUUGACUUUAUCGAUAAGUUGGGACCUGAUGUUUUUUGGGUUCCUCGAACUGAUGCCAAUGCUGGAGUUGAUGAUGAGACAGACACAUUGAAGGAAAAAGAUCAGCAACAAUUCACGCCAGUUUCGAGUGGCGAGAACGGUCUGGGACUUAGUUGUAAAGAUGAAGAAAUUGUACCCUAUUCCCAUAUUGAUCCCCAUAUUGAAGUUGUUUUCAUUUCCAUAGCUAUGCUUAAAGCAGUUGAGAAUACUCUUGUUGAAUUGGAUCAACACGAAAUUAGACAAUAUUUGUCUAGAUUGCCUAGCAAAUCAUAUGCUGUCAAGUCUCGACGGAACAAGAUGACCAAUGACGUUAAUAACGGUGAUGCUGUUAAAUCUGGGUCUAUUAUUUCAAAUGACUCUCCAGAAGUUCAUCGUGUUGAUUACAUUGAUAACAUCAUUAAUGAAGCUGGUGAGAUGUGGCGGAAAUGGCUUUACUUGGAAAAUAUUGAUGACCUUUAA